AUUUUUCCAUGAGCUCUUCUUCUCAGUAACAUCAAGCCUUCUUCAGUUCACAACCAAAGCAAGUUCUUUGUUGGGCUCAGUAUCUCUUCUCAAACUUGGCUGCAGCUGUUCCAAGCAUUCAUGUGCUGAAGACUGAAGGGAAUCUGCAAGCUGAUGGUGACAAUGAAUGGGUCGGAAGAAAUCCAUCAGUUUGGCUUUAUAGUGGAUACAAUCUCCUCGAGCCAGGUUGCCAUCAGAAAUAUUGAGCGUGAGCUCAUAUGUCCUGCCUGUAAGGAGUUGUACACACAUCCACUGAUUUUACCAUGUCAGCACAGCAUCUGUCACAAAUGUGUGAAGGAGCUGCUCUUCAUGACUUUGGAAGACUCCACAGACGUGAGUUCAGAAGCUUCAACACCUGGAAGCCCCCGGGUCCGCAUCCAGUCACCCAGCAUUGAAAGAAUCGACAGACUUCUUAGAUCAGGAUCUAAGCGCAAUUCUUUAACUCCCAGAAUUACUUCAUUGUCAUGUCCCGGCUGUUUACGUGAUGUGGACCUUGGAGAGCGAGGCAUUAACGGCCUUUUUCGGAACUUUACUUUGGAGACUAUAGUAGAGCGCUACAGACAGGCAGCGCGGGCUGCCACUGCCAUCAUGUGUGACUUUUGCAAACCUCCAGUCCAAGAAUCCACCAAAAGCUGCAUGGAUUGCAGUGCCAGCUUCUGCAACGAGUGCUUCAAGAUUAACCAUCCAUGGGGAACUAUCAAAGCCCAGCAUGAGUAUGGGCCACCUACAUCCAGCUUCAGACCUAAAGUACUCAUGUGUCCUGAACACGAGACGGAGAAGGUGAAUAUGUAUUGUGAAAUCUGCAGGAGACCGGUUUGUCAUUUGUGUAAACUGGCAGGUGCACAUGCAAACCACAGAGUGACCACAAUGAGCAACGCCUACAGAACUCUAAAGGAGAAGCUUACAAAGGGAAUCAGUUAUCUUAUCAGCAAAGAAAGUCAAGUGAAGACACAGAUAACAGAACUGGAGAUUUUAAUAAGAAGAACUGAGACCAAUGGUGAUCAAGCCGUAGAAGAGGCUACGUACAACUUUGAUAAAUUGUUUAAUAUCUUGGAAGACAGGAAGGCGUUUGUGCUGCAGUCUAUAAAGAGUUCCCAGUCUUCUAGAUUAGAAAAGCUGCAGAGUCAGAUGGAUGAAUAUCAGGGCCUUUUGGAGAAUAAUGGACUUGUGGGGUAUGCACAAGAAGUCUUGAAGGAAACGGAUCAUUCUUGUUUUGUGCAAACUGCCAAGCAGCUACACACCAGGAUCCAGAAAGCUUCUGAGUCUUUGAAAACCUUCUGCCCGGCUGCAGAUUCCAGCUUUGAAGACUAUUUUGUUGAUGUCUCCAAGGAAGAAAGUUUAUUGACUGACCUGUCCUUCUCCAAAGCUCUAGAUGUACCUGAAAUUAAUAUGGAUCAGAGCAAGGUAUAUAACAGUGCAAAGAUUAGUUGGAAUCAGCCCAACGAUUCCGGGCUUGCGGAUAGCUAUAUUCUUGAGUACCGGAAGCUUGACAAAAAUGAAGAUCCUUCAUGGAAUGAAAUCGAAGCAGCAAGUACUAGUAAAAUAAUCCCUGAUCUAGACCUCAACAGCUCCUACUGUUUCCGGGUACAGAGCCUUAAGGGCUCUAUGUGCAGCUCCCAUAGCAAAGAAGUCAUUCUCCAGACACCCCCUGCCCCAGUGUUUAGCUUUCUGUUUGAUGAGAAGUGUGGAUUUAACAAGGAGCAUCUCAUGCUUAACAGCAAAAAGAACAUUGUGGAAAGUGUAGCUGGCCAUUCCCUGCUGCUCGGGGCAGAGCGUGUUCAAGUAGGAUGUUACACGUGCCUGGAUUACAUAAUUGGUGAUGCUGGCAUCACAAAGGGCAGGCAUUUCUGGGCUUUCUCUGUCGAAUCCUAUUCCUACAUGGUGAAAGUUGGAGUUGCAUCGGAUAUCAAGCUGCAAGAAUGGCUCCAUAACCCUCGAGACAUUAGUAGUCCAAGAUAUGAUCAAGACAGUGGUCAUGACAGUGGAAGUGAAGAUGUUGCCUUUGAUUCAUCGCAGCCUUUCACCUUGGCUACCAUAGGAAUGAGAAAAUUUUUCAUCCCCAAGGCAUCUAAUAUUUCCACCACUUGUGGAGAGCGUGUCCUCCCUCUCCCGUCCCGCUUAGGCAUUUGUCUGGACUAUGAAAAAGGCAUAGUGGGGUUCUACGAUGCCAACACCAUGAGAUGUCUCUAUGAGAGAGAAGUGGACUGCAUCGGGACAAUGUAUCCAGCCUUUGCAUUGAUGGGCGGUGGAGCAGUUAGUUUGGAGGAAGUAUUUACUGCAAAACACUUGGAGUAUUCUAACGAAAUAUAAUGACUGAGAAACCAAUUGUCAUUCAUUUAUUAUGCAGCCGAUUUCUCAGACGCAAAGGUUAUACUGGUGCAUUGUGCGCACCUCAUGCUGAUCAUUUUAAAUGUCAUUCUACUGUCUGUGUUUUACUUGAAUGCCUCUGGAAUAGGCCUUCAAACCCGGUAUAUAUGUUUCUUAGGCUUCUUUCACACGAGCGUGACGGAUUGGCUCUGGAUGCUUUCAGGCUGCGUUCAGUGAAACUCGCACCAUUUUGCAAAUUCAGUCAGUUUUGUCUGCGAUUGCGUUCAUUUUUUUU